GGGCGCGGGCGGUUCGCGAUGGCUGGCGUGGAGGUAUUCUCGCAUCCCGCGCUCCACACGCGCUACCGGGCCGGGCUCUGCUCCGCUGCGGCGCUGGCGCUGUUGCUCAUCACGGUGCUCACCUAUGUGCCGCCGCUGCUGGUGGCCUACCGGAGCCACGGUUUCUGGCUGAAGCAGAGCACAUACCUGGAGCAGCCGACUGUGCGGUUCCGGUAUGAGGUGCUCUUCGUGGCCACCGUCGGGCCCGGUCCGGGCAGCUUCUUGGCAUGGAGCACGUUCCCGGCGUUCAACAGGCUCCAGGAGGACCGGCUGCGAGUCCCACUCCUGUCGACUAGAGAAGAAGACAAAAAUCAAGAUGGCAAAAUGGAUCAGUUGCAUUUUAAAUUGGAACUUCCACUACAACCUACGGAGCACGUAGUUGGUGUUCAGCUGAUUCUACUCUUUUCCUACCAGCUUUAUAGAAUGUCAACACUUGUAAUGCAGACCAUGGCUUUUCUUCAGUUUUUUUCUCCUGUGCCAGGGUCUCGACUCUAUAUGAAUGGAGACCUGAAAUUGAACCAGAGGCAAUUACUUAACCAUUGUGGACUGGAUACCAGAUACAACGUGUCUGUGGUGAAUGGCACAAGUCCUUUUGCGAGUGACUAUGAUCUAACAAACAUCGUUGCAGCAUAUUGGGAUAGAAAUGUGACAACAGUAUUUUCAGAUCCCAACCCUGUUUGGAUGACUGGAAGAGCAACAGAUACACCAUUUAUCAUUAAUGCCACUAUUCGUUACCCAGUGGAAGUUAUCUCAUAUCAGCCAGGAUUUUGGGAAAUUAUUAAAUUUGCCUGGAUCCAGUAUGUCAGCAUUCUCUUUAUCUUUCUUUGGGUGUUUGGUAGGAUUAAAAUGUUUGUGUUCCAGAAUCAGGUGUUGACUACAACUCCAAUAUCACCAGUUCUGCCAGUGUCUCCA